AUCACGUCACGGGAUAAUGGCUGGAGAUCGCGGAUAUUAGAAGCAGGACAGUCAGAGUCAGGAGGUGAAGCUGUGACCAAACUUCUGUCAGACUCACGUUGGGUUUCACCAAGUGUAGCAGCAGCGAUGGCUCAAGUCUCCAACCACGGGAAGCUUCUCCUGCAGCGUCUGCACCAGCAGCGGGAAAUGGACUUCCUGUGUGACAUCACCAUCAUGGUGCGAGAUGUGGAGUUCAGAGCCCAUCGGAACAUCCUGGCUGCCUUCAGCAAAUACUUCUCCUCCCAGGCCGACAAGGGUCAAGAGAUCGCCACGCUCGACCCGGACAAGGUCAGCCGCUAUGCCCUGGAGAAGCUGCUGGAAUUCGUCUAUACGGGACACAUGAACCUCAGCAGUACCCGUCAGGCUGCUGUGCGUCGAGCCGCUGUGUUCCUGGGAAUGUCUGAGGCCACAAAGUACCUGGAGGAAACCCCUCACUGGUCCGAUCCCAGCGAGACGUCGCAGUCGGAGGCCGAUAAAGAGGUCGGUGUGUCUCCGCCCAGCCCAGUCUCAGCCGGCAGCCCCAGCUCGCCGCUUCCACUCUCCAUUGACUCUGUUACAGGGGAGUGGCAGCCGGAAGGGAAGGUGGGCAAAGACGACGGCGAGUAUGAGGGCGGGACGGACCGGAGUGAUGAUGAGUACACUCCUACAACGCCCAGAGGUGGCGGCAGAGGACGAGGAAAGAGAGGAAGAGGAAGGCCACGGCGGGUCAGCGGCGAAAAGGUGGAGCCCAGCAGCUCAACUGAUGCCAUGCCCAAAACACCAGGCUACAGGGGGAGAGGCCGGGGCAGGGGGCGGGGAAGAGGAAGGGGGAGGGGAUCCAUGUCAAAAACAGAGGAUCUGACUUUGGAGGACUCGGACACCAGCAUCAAGGACCUCUGGGACACGUCGGCAGACUGGAGCCCCUCCCAGGAUGAGUUGCCAGCCAAGAAACCACGGCUGAGCAGCGGCGGGCGAGGCAGGGGGCGGGGCCGAGGGAGGGGCCGGGGUAGAGGAAGAGGCGGGGGGCAGGCUGAGAGGCUAGGGGCGGAAGAUUUUGAGCAGGAGAUCACAAUGGGCGAAGAUGGCGAGGGGGAUGGCGGGGAGCAGGAUCCGUCAGAGAUGGACGAGCUGUCGCUGUCGUGCACCGAAUGUAACAAACUGUUCAAAGACGUGAGCAGCCUGCGGCGCCACGAGAAGAUCCACAAGGGCCUGAAGCCGUUCGCCUGCAUCUUCUGCUCCAAGACGUUCAGACAGGCCACGCAACUCAAGACUCACCUGCGCAUUCACACAGGUGAGAAGCCGUUCGGCUGCACAGACUGCGACAAAUGUUUCGCUCAGAAGUGUCAGCUGGUCGCUCACCGCCGGAUGCACCACGGCGAGGAGAAGCCGUACACCUGCGAACGCUGCGGCUUCAAGUUUGCAACCUCGUCUAACUACAAAAUCCACAUCAGACUUCACAGCGGAGAAAAACCGUACGUGUGCGACAUCUGCGGUCAGGCGUUCGCUCAGUCCAGCACGUUGACCUACCACAAGAGACGCCACACGGGAGAGAAGCCGUACCAGUGCGACCUGUGUGGAAUGUCCUUCUCCGUGUCCUCGUCUCUGAUCGCACAUGCACGAAAACACACCGGUGAAACUCCAUACAAAUGUUCGCAGACGCAAUGUGACGCAAGUUUUGUGACAUCAUCGGAGCUGAAGAAACACAUGCGACGACUUCAUCCUGAGGGGAAUGCUGGCGUUCAGUGUCUGCUGUGUGGAAACCGAUUUGCCAGCGUGAAGAACAUGAUCAAACACCAGGAGAAGGCUCACGCUGAUGAAGUACGACAGCACAAAGAGAGAGCAAGAGCUGUCGUCCUCCUGGCGUCCAGUCAUCCCGUGGCCUUUGUCCAGAGCAAACUGUCCCAGGAAAACAAAGGUCUGGUCUCCAUCCCCGAAGGCGAGCCGGCCAACCCCGAACCCGCCACCCCCAACCCUAAGGCCACGGCACCGACCGCCAACGCAGAGACCAGCACUGCCGCCAUCAUCCAGGACUUCAAGGCAGAGCCGGCUCACCCGCCAAUCAACGCUGCUGACCAGGUGACCUUCGAACCCGACCAGGAGCAGACCAUCAACUCAGACACCCUCCACGCUCUGGUGGAGCAGCUGAGGCCGCCGCCCUCCCCCGCCCAGAGCCUGGAGCAGAUCGUCAUCAUCCGGACGGUGGACAACGCAGACCACAACCCCCCUCAGCAGUGAGGUCAAAGGUCACGGCGGGCAGGGCUGGGCAUCGAUCGCAAGUUACCGAUGCGUCGACAAAGUUCCACUGUAAUGGUUUGACCAUGGAAGGUUUGGUGAAGGUUUGAGUUCAUUUAGCGCUGGAGAUGCUCUUUUUUUUGUAUUUGAUUAUUUUAUUUUUAGUUCAUUAGGAGAAUUAGAGUAUUUCUGUAGCUGUUGAAUCUCAUGUUUCAAACUAUGCCUGAAAAAGCUGUUUCUAUUCCCAGUUAUCAGUUUUAAGUAUUUUGAGUAAAAGCUAAAACCGCCUCAAGUGAGUGUAAAAAAACAAAAACAAAAAAUUGCAAUCUUUUUGACUGGAUAAAUUCAAGCAAAAUUACAAUAGUUUUGAACAGAUUUAUAAACCGCCGAACAUCAGACUAACCACAAAAAUUCUAAAGAGGAGAACUGUUCCUUUAAGACAAGCAGACUAAUAUUCACUAUCAGCCUCUAUCAAGACAACAGUUUGUAAAACGUCCAUUAUGUGUCGAUUACUCCGUCUCUAAUUUUUUCUGGAGUGACUGUCAGCAUUUCCAGUGAAAACCAACCCAUGUUCAUAAAAACCUUUUAGAUUCUUAUCACUGAGGCCGGAAGUUAGAAUGAGUGUAGAAACAGAGACGACAGAUCUGCACACAACAGACAAACUUCAUGUAAGAAAAUCCAAACAUCUGCAGUUUUACACGACAGCAUUAACAUGUUUCUUUAACUCUGGAUUAAACAGCCUGUAAAUCGUCUCUGGAUCAAAACAAGAGUGAAAGACAUGAAUUUCAUCCAUCGUUACCACUUCACUUUUUAUAUUUCACAAUAACAGCCCUGAAUACAUACACUGUCAGAGCAUUUGACUAAAAGAGGAAACUCAGGACUGGUUUAUUCACGUUAUUUUUAGUCCUGUUGAGUCAUUUUAGUGUCGUAGAAUAGACAAAAGUAACGAGAACAGCAAUGACAAAGUAUAAGUAAUACAGACCAUGAAAAACUGUAACUAAUGGUGAUUUUCUUUGAUCAUUUAUUUUCUCAGUUAAUCAUUUUGUCUGUAAAAUGUAAGAAAAUGGCCAGAAAUGCACCCUGAAAUGUCAGUUUUACUAUUAUAGAAGAGAAAAUAAACCAUGAAAUAUUCAUAUUUAAGAAGUCGCAAUCAGAACAUCUAGACUUUUUUCUUUUGUUAAAAAACAUGCACUCGUCUAGUUGCAGCAAAUAGAUCCAAAUUACAUCUAUUUCUCUGAAUUAACAGUGUACAGAAAUUGUAACAGUUUGAUAUAAUGUAAGUUCAUAAAAUGUUAAAUAAAAUCUUAAAUAUGAGUGAUAAAAAGACCAAAUUUUCCAUAAUGACUCUUAUUGUAUCAAAGCAAAACAUGCCAAUGUGUGAAAAACUAGAAAUUUACAGCAGCGUUGUCGUAUUUUUAAGAAUUUCAACUUAUAUUUAGCCUUUUGUUCAGUUUAACAAACAGUAACUAUGCAUUGUUUUUGUUAUUUUAAUGUGUAAAUACUACACAGUCUGUUUAACUCAACUUUCCUGGUCUUUUUUCUCUUAAAUGAUGUAAAAAAAUGAACUUUUUGGCAAUGAUUUGAAUUUCUGUGUUGAAGUUCUGUCAUGUGUAGAAGCUGCUCAUUCACUGCUUAAAUUUGAUGCUAAACGACCAAUAGUUUUCCGAUCAUCGGUAUCAGAUCAAUGCCCAGCCCUCGUAUCAGAGCAGUCAGACUUUUAACUGCCACUUCUUCUAAAAGUCUCUAAAAGUUGGAAACGUUCCACAUGGUCUUAAGUAGCUCUGAUUAACAGCUUCAUGUGUAAAGUAACAUCAGGGGUUGAAACCUGCUGAUCGAUUACUAAUCAGUCAGCCAAUGCCACUGUUUGAUUUGUCCAUAGAUAACAUAGUCAGUAGGAGCCUAGUUAUCACUGAUAUUGAUAAUUAAUUCUGAUAUUUAUCAGAUGUGUUUGGCAUGUGACGGUGGAUUUAAUCAUGUUAACACAACUGGGUUUUUGUUUUCAUCACAUUCACUUCCUGUCUCUCGGAGGUUUUAGCAGAAACUUUAUGCUUCAAACAGUGUUUCUAUCAAUGCUGAAGUUUAGGGGUUUUUUUAAUCAAUGUCGGCAUUACUUGUAAAGAAAUGUGAAUUACAUACACGCGUUCACAGCUGUACAACAGAAAUGUAAAAUAAAACAACUAAAAAGGG